AUGACAGAUAUAUUUAUCAUAGCUGGUGGUGGUAUUGGCGGUCUUGCUACUGCAUUGGCACUUCAAAAUCAUGGAUUUCCCUGCCAAAUCUAUGAACGCGAUAUUGAUUUCAAUUCACGUCGACAAGGUUAUAGUCUUACAAUUCAAAAAAAUGGUUUUGAAGCGCUAGAGAACCUUGGCAUUGGUGAAAAUGUGCGAACAAUGGGUAGGGAACGUAUAGUAUCUGGUACGUGUACAUACAAUAAUUGUGGUGACAUCAUUUUCUCGAAACCAAAAAGACGGACUAGUAGUCGUCGGUUUGAAAAUUUCGCCAUUUCUCGACAAUCUCUUCGCCAAUGCCUAAUGAAUGAAUUAAAAUCAGAUAUCAUUCAAUGGAAUAAAGCAAUCACUCGAUACGAAACUAUACCCGAUGACCCGUGUCAUGUUCGAAUCUUUCUCUCUGGCAACAGUUCGAUAGUGGGUCGUGCACUUAUCGGCUGUGAUGGAGUCCGUAGUUCCAUUCGAAAACAAAUGUUGAGAGAUGAUUUAAAUUAUCUUGGUGUGUGGGCCAUCAACGGAAUUGCUCCCCAUGACGACAAUAAAAUCCUUCUUAAUCAAACUAUUCAGAUGAUUGACGGAAAAUCACGUCUUUUUGUAAAACCAUUCUCGAUUGGUAAAUGUAUGUGGCAACUCACGUUCAAAGUGUCAAUGGAAGAUGAGAUGAUACACCAUCUACUAGACCAGAAUGAUUUCGAGGGAUUAUUGAACAGAGCAAAAUCUAUUACAAACGAGUGGCAUGAGCCUAUACCAAAACUAAUUAAUGAUACACGAGUUAGUGACAUUCGUGUUGGUCCUCUGUUCGAUAGAAAUCCAUUAGAUACAAUCAACAAAGAUGUAUCCUGUGUUACAAUGCUAGGUGAUGCCGUACAUCCAAUGAGUCCUUUCAAGGGACAAGGCGCUAAUCAAGCACUGGCAGAUGCAGUCAGUCUUGUAAACUAUUUGAUGCAGUACGUAACAGAAGACAGGGGAGCUGAGAAAGCGUUUGCUGAGUUCGAAAGAGAAAUGCUCACACGUUCUCGAGAUCAUGUUUUAAGAUCAAGAUUGGCGGUGACAUUUCUACAUAGUGAAAAUGCACUUUCCAAUGAGAAUAUGUUCGAAUUCGUAAGAGGAAAAGUUUCGUUAGAGAAAAUAAUUUGA